AUGGAAAAGCUUGUGCAUGAGCCUGGCUGUACUUGUAUCUGUGGGACGAAGAAGAUUACCAGCACGAGCUCAAGUCAGCUCCCCGAUGCUGGAUAUUGCUGCGGCCGUGGUAGCGGACCAAACGUUCGCCCAGCAUCAACUCUGAGCCUCGAGCCCGACAUCGCCGUUUCUAACAAAGUCACUUGUCAGCCAAGCCACUCGCUAAAGCCCCUAUCCCCACUAUCGAACGAAAAAAGGCAACAGCGAAUCGGAAAACUCCUCGAUGACAAGGAUAAGCUACUAAAUGGUGGCGUUCCGAUCCGAGCCGUCGAUUUGGCCGGUUGGUUGGUGGCUGAGUAUGAUAUUACUAGAGGAUCUCCUGCUUGGGAAGGCGUCCCGGAAGAUGUGGCCAAUAAGGGAGAGUACAUUACGAUGAAGUAUCUGGGACAUGAGAAAGGAGAUCGACAAUUCAACGAGCAUCGCAGUCGCUUCAUUACAGAUGCCGAUUUUGACGAAAUUGCUCGGAAUAAUUUCAACACGGUCCGGAUUCCGAUUGGCUACUGGUUGCGUGGGGCUGAUGGAUUUUCGGGAGAUGAACUGGAGGGCAUGCGGAUGUGGGCCCCGGGGUCCCUGGACUAUCUGGAUACCGCGAUUCGCGACUGGGCCUUGAAUAACAACCUGUUCGUGCUGAUCUCCUUCCAAGCUGGGAUGGGGAGCCAGAAUGGAAGGGCUUCUAGCUCGCCGCACGAGUUCGGUCAAGCCGAUUGGGGUCAAUUCGGGCACAACAUCGCAAAUUCCCAUGCCUUCGCCGAAUGGCUGGCUGAUCGCUACAAGAAGGACCCUGCUUUUUUGGGUAUCUCGCUACUCGACGAGCCCGAAAAUGUCGAUACCCAAACUUUAAAGCAAUAUUACUACGAUUGCAAUGGGAGGAUUAGGCAUAACGUAGGGUCGGACUGCUUGCUGACGAUCUCGCCUUUGGUAGAUCAACAAUUAAGCCCAACGGCUGGCAACUGGAUGGAAAUGAUGCCCGAGCCCGGAUGGCAUAAUAUUGCCUUCGAAUGGCAUGUUGACUACGCCCGGAAACGAGGAACUCCUACCUUCCAACACGUGAUAAAUGAUGUCCAAAUGAACCUUAUGCAAGCCAUUCGAGGUAGGGAGGGCCGAGAUCUGUUCAUCGGGAAAUGGUCCUUGGCUGCAGGGUUUAAGCUGACGGAUGAGGAGACGCGACAUUUUGCGAUGGCUCAACUCGAAGCCUACAAGUCGGCCCGAGUCGGAUGGUGUUUCUCCACCUGGAAAUGCUACAAUGACGACGCGCAGCCAAAAAACCCGCGCAGCGCCCGGCAGCUGCUCAAAAAUGGCAUUCUGCCAAAGAUCGAGAGCUCGAUUUCAACAAAGCAAAAACUCCGAAAAUUCCUCGAUGCCAAGGAUGAAAUGCUAACUGGCGCAGUGCCAAUCCGGGCUGUAAAUUUGGCUGGUUGGCUGGUGGCGGAAUAUGAUAUUACUAAAGGGUCGCCAGCUUGGGAAAGAGUGCCAGAAAAUGUCGCUAUCCAAGGAGAAUACAUUACCAUGAAAUAUUUGGGACAUGAGAAAGGCGACAGGCAAUUCAAGGAGCAUCGAGAUCGCUUUAUUACUGAAUCCGAUUUCGGUGAAAUUGCCGGUUAUGGCUUCAACACCGUCCGGAUUCCGAUCGGCUACUGGUUACGUGGGACUGAUGGGUUUUCUGGAGACGAGCUAGACGUCGUCAAAACUUGGGCACCAGAUUCUGUGGAUUAUCUGGAUCGUGCUAUUCGAGAUUGGGCCUACAAAAAUAACCUCUUCGUGAUGAUAGCCAUCCAGGCAGCGAUGGGAAGUCAAAACGGGAAAGCAUCAAGCUCACCACAGAAAUUAGGCCACAAUGGCUGGUGCGAAAAGCCCACCAAUGUCCAAAAUACGCACGCUUUUGCCGAGUGGUUGGCUCGGCGCUACCGGGAAGAUGCGGCUUUUCUAGGCAUCUCACUACUCGAUGAGCCUGAAAAUGCGGAAACCCAGCCUUUAAAGCAAUAUUACUACGAUUGCAAUGGAAGGACGUGGGCUGUAAGAAAAUAUUACGCGUCAUACUUUGCGAAUGAUCGAUUCAUCUGGAAACUGGUCUGGCGAUGGUUUGAAGUGAUGUCUUUAACGAACAAAUCAACGCGCACACCAUUGUUUAAAAAAAAUUCGGCAAGGAUUCGACGGGAAGAAGGCACUUACGCUAAACGAAUUAUUCGCCAGCGUGCAAUGAUUUUGGAAUUAACUGGCGUGCUGAAGUGCAACUGUAAGGCGUCGGUGGUUGCGGCAACCGUGUUCGACCGCGCGACCGAACAAUUCUGUCUGGCACAAAAGAUCAUACCACGGUGUGACUGCCUCGCACUGGCACAAGAUUUUGGCCGACUAUUCGAAGCGGUAAACGGCGGCCUGCCAAAGGCCUUAGCCGCGGACGCCGAGAGCGAGGCGCAGAGACGAGCUCUUUGCUACGGAGCAAGCCUAUGUUAUGAGCCGCAUCCACGCCAGCGCAUGCAAUGCAAACACUGCUACUUGCUCUACAAAUGGUUUAAUGAAGUCGGAGAUGCCCUGUCCGAUGCGGUCAGCCGACUAUCAACGACCUUUUGGGCGAAAGAUAUGACGGGUCCAAAAACCCUGACGAACAAUGAGCUCGACGAAUUCGCAGUAUGCAACCUGCUUCACGCCGGCGAGGUUUCCUAUCUAAUACGAUAUAUGGAAAUAAUACGCUAUGUU